AAACCAGACCAGCAGGAUUUUCAUCUCAGUUGUCUCAAAACAGCUGUUAGAGCCGGAGAGGGAAGCAUCUAAACAGAGGCGUAAACGUGAUCGGGAAAAGGGAAGGGCAGUGAGGAUGUCACUGUUUCAGCGGCAGUUGGCAGAAUGUUCCUUUGGUGAAGAGUAGAUAUGGUGAGUAAAGAGGCAGUGAGUGGAAGGGAGUGUCCCUCUGACUGAAGGAGGAGCCUGAAGAGAAGAGAGCCGGCCAAAGGGAGGGGCACAGUAGUGUUUUGUCUUCAGCUGUAAAACGGCAGCAAGCAGAGACUGACUUGCUGUUUUUUUUUUUUAACUUUUCAAUCCCUGUUUUUGUCUUUCAGUGUUGUUAAUAUUUUGUAGACACCAUGGAUAACUUUCAGACUGUCUUGCGUUUCUUCAUGAACCAGAAAGCCACCAUCGGCUACAGUUUCAUGGCUCUCCUGACUAUAGGCGGGGAGCGAGUCUUCUCCAUGGUUUCUUUUCAGUGUCCCUGCAACCAAAGUCAGAACUUCGCCUACGGACUGACUUUCCUGCUGGGUCCUGCUGCGGUGCUGUUGGUCUUUGGUCUGUUCUUCAGCACCCGAUUAUGGAGGCUCUACACUGGCUGCUGUCUCAAUCCCAUGAAGCUUUGCCCCCGUGGGAACUGCUUUGGCUGCUUCAGCGCGUUCACGAGCAUCUUCACCGGGGCUUGUGUGGCUCCUGUAAUGUGGCUCUCUGUGGCCCUGCUCAACGGUACCUUUUAUGAGUGUGCUGUCAGUGGUCUCAGUGAUAACCUGGUGGUGGAUCUGUUCUGUAAAAACAAGACCUUGAAGUGCCGGGAGGAACUGGCCCGAGUGCCCUGUGAUCGGUCCAAACUGUCAACUGAUGAGCGCAUGGAACUGCUGCUGAUGCUCAGGGCACAGUCACAGAUCCUGGGCUGGUGCAUCAUCAUUAUCUCUGCCAUCGUGGGCCUCCUGGGAACCUGCUACAAAAACUGUCGCUCCAGAGUCAGCUACCUGCAGCUCACUUUCUGGAAACGCUACAUUGAGAAAGAGAAAGAGCGCUUUGACGCCUUCGCUGUGGACUAUGCCACCAAGCUGGCUGAGAGAAACCUGCAGAGCUUCUUUGAGAACAAGGACCCUGAUCCAUUUCCCUUCCCCAACCACAGGGCAUGGGAGGAGAUCUCUGCACACUACACCUUUUCCAGCAGUGAGCAGUAUUACAGCACUCUGCAGAAAUAUGUGGAGAGGAAAGACAGGGACUUCACACCAGAGUGGAGACCUGUCUUGGACUCCAACCAUGGAAUAGAGAUGAGCUAGGGGAAGAGGAUGUGGUCUGCCUGCCAUUUUGUUGGAGAAUAAAAUACAGAAAUUGAAGGCACAGGCAAACAAUGGCGAUCACUGUGGUUAUUGUAAGUGCAUGUUUGAGGGAUAACCGUCUCAGGCUGCAGUAUGUUACUCCAAAGCAUGUGGCUGUUAACAAACUGCAAUGGCCCAACCUCCUCUGAGCACAUGAAAUAAUGAAAGGUAUAACCACUAUUUUAUACACACUAAUUCUCCCUACAUUUUCUAACUUACUUACAAAGUUACAGUAACUUUAAGCCUGUAGUUCUGAUUGGGGACACUGAGGUCAUGUUCUCUUUAUUGUCUCUGGGAAUGUAGGGUUUUUAGCGAACUUACUAGUACAAUCUGUCUUUUUACUAAUCAUUCUUUUGGGAUGUACAACAGACCACUUGAUAUUCAAUCAGUACACACUAACACAACAAUGAUUUAAACUGGAAAAGAAACCAGCCAGCAAAGAGAGAUGGAGAGAAUGUGUGUUCAUGUUUCAUGCUGAGAUUCAGUCUCUUUUGUGUCUUGAAGAUGAAAUAUCUAUAAAGUUCCACUGUUGUGAUGAUCAUUUAGUUUGUCUGUUGACAGAAAUCCACCACUGCUGUCCAGGUAUACAAAAACACUGGAGCUAAUAUGGUUAGCAACACUGACAAACAAGCUAAGUUGCUUCAUUUAAAUGCUGGAUACUUAACUAUUGUACACUCAAAUGAGGCCGACUUCCUCUUCCCCACGGCCAGUGUGUGUUUGACCACACACACUGGCUGACAUUUAGCAGUGGUUACAGCCCAGAGAGGCUCUAUUUCGACGAGGAAGUCCAUGAAAAAUGAAAUAGCCAAGACAACGAAACAAGUGCCUUUUACCACUGCAUUUUUGGAAGGCCACAAGAGACCAUUCUUUGUGCUACAGGCACAGUCCCCUCAAUCCUGGCCCUUGACAGAGCCACCACAGCUUCAGGAAUGACCACUCUACAAUUUAUAAAACCCAAAACACAUUAAAUUGGACUAGUUAUAAGCCAAGAUUUAAAUAAUAUAUCCCUUCCAGAACUGCAUUUAUGGCAGCAUGGAGUAGGUUUUGAAACAGCAUUUAGAUCUUCAUGUUGGGAAAAGAGACACAGAAAACAGAAAAAAUAAUAAAAUUAACAAAUAAAGUAUGAACAAUCCUCAAACAGCUAGGUUUUAGUCAAAGCUAACCAACAUGCCUGCAUGUUAAUCACCUGGAGUUUGACAGUGAAGGAAGUUUUUAUUCUUCACACUAAAAGUAUGAUGCCCAGGUCCAUGUAAUUACCCCCCUGACAGAUGAGCAGUCUUUCAACAUUCCAUCCCGUCUCAUUCACAGGCAAAGACUUGUGAGCAUGAUGCCCAGACCUGUAAUGGAAUAAACACUGUGGUAGUUUAGAUCAGUGGUGGGAUGUAGCUGAUAUAUAUAUACUCAAGUACUGUACCUCUGAAAGGAUUUGUAUUUCCUGUACUUAAACCAACCCAUUUUACAUAGCUGCAUUUUCGAGAAAAGAUAUUUGACAUAUUUUGUUAAUAGUUACUUCACAGACUGUGAUGCUUUGUUUUAAAUUACUACUAACAGUAUACACACAGUAUAACAGUAUAACAGUAUACAGAAGUAGAUGAUUACAAGACUAAAUUAAAAUGAUAACAUAAAUUUGAAAAUGUCAUUAUAACCCAUAUGUAUUAUUUGAGUAAAAAUUAAAACAGAAAUGGAACAAUCCAAUUAUUUUACAUACUAUUACUUCAGACUAUUUUCCUAUGGACAUUCUUUGACCAUGAUAAAAAUGAUAAUGGAAAAGCGGUUCAACAUUCCAUUUUCAAAUUUGAAAAAUAUAAACAAUUUCACCCGAUUUUCCAUUUAUGUAAGCAUUCCAGUCACAAUUCAAAUUAAAAUGCAAUUUUCUAUUUGAAAGUGAAAAUGAAAACAGAUUAAUCCAUAAAGAUAAUCAUCAUUUACACAUUAAUGCACCAGUGAUAAUAAUCUAAUGAUGUAAUAGUGUUGUAAGGUUGGGUGAAAUCUGGUGAAGGUUGUGGGAG